UCAUGUCGGAAAGAAGAUCCUAGUUCGUCGGUUGAGAGGACCUGUUUUUUUGUUGGGAGGUAGAGGAGAGACUUCAAUGUGAAGUAGAAAAAAGAAGCAAAGGAACCAAGAAGUACCACCGCAUGAGGAAGCUGAGUGAAUAAUACUGACACCAGAAUAAUAGGAUAGGAGGAAAUUUCUCAACAAUUACCAUCUUUGGAAGGAUUUGAGAUCCAAAGAAUUUAAAUCAGCGCUAAAACCCUCUUCAACUCGUAAGCCAGAUCGAUCUCUUUCUCUAGAAUAUUCUUUCUUGGUCUAAUGGCCGGCAAUGGUGUGAAACAACCCUUGCUGUCGAGAUUGUUAGAUCCUACACUUCAAACCACUCAAAAUGGUUCUCUUAAGAGGAGAAGAUUUCGGCGCUGCAAAAGUGCUCUAGCAGAUUUCGGCGCUGAAAUGAAUGGCAAUGGAUCACUUCCAUGUUCUCGAUCCUUUUUUAAUAACUUCCACCCUAGUUUUAGGAAAGUAUUCAUAUUAUUGGCUGUAUAUCUAAGUGCAGGUACUGCUUGCUUCUGCCUUGUCAGUGACCAGAUCAAGGGGAAGAAAACCAAUGCAAUUCUUGAUGCUGUCUAUUUUUGUAUCGUGACAAUGACAACCGUUGGAUAUGGUGACCUUGUGCCCAAUUCUGUGCUUGCCAAACUUCUUGCCUGUGCUUUUGUCUUCACAGGAAUGGCAUUAGUUGCAUUAUUUCUUAGUACUGCAGCUGACUACCUAGUUGAGAAACAGGAAAUAUUGCUGGUUAAAUCUUUACAUAUGUAUCAAAAUGUUGGUCAGACAGAAAUCAUGAAGGAGAUUGAAACUAACAGAGUGAGAUACAAGUUAAUUACGGUAUUGAUCUUUAUUUCGGUGGUUAUGCUUGUUGGAACAAUCUUCCUUGCAACAGUUGAGAAGCUAGCCUUUAUUGAUGCAUUUUAUUGUGUUUGUUCAACCAUCACGACCUUGGGCUAUGGAGAUAAGAGCUUCUCAACAAGAAUUGGCCGUGUUUUUGCUAUAUUUUGGAUACUGACUGGUACUAUUUGUUUAGCUCAGUUCUUUCUUUAUGCUGCUGAGCUGAACACUGAAAGCAGACAAAGAGCUUUGGUCAAGUGGGUUCUUACUCGGAAGGUGACAAAUUUAGAUUUGGAGGCAGCUGAUCUUGAUGAUGAUGGGGAUGUUGGGGCUGCUGAAUUUAUCUUGUAUAAGCUAAAAGAGAUGGGAAAGAUCAGCCAAGAGGAUAUUGCACUUGUGUUGGAGGAGUUUGAAGCUCUUGAUGUUGAUCAGUCAGGAACAUUGUCCACAUCUGAUAUAAUGCUUGCCCAAUCAUCUGACACGAGGAAGUGACUAACAAAAUGGGGAGGUCAUCUUCUCAUACACUUGUGAAAAAAUAAGUUACGUAUGUUGCUCCUUUUACUUAAUAAUCUUGUAUCCUUAGAUUAUUAAUCUAAUGAUGUAGUUCACUGUGUUUCAUUAUUGCUUCAGCAAGUCUCUUGAGGUUUAUAUAUCUUUCAUUUAGACCUUCAUAUGAACUGAAUUCUUGAUGUUGUGCCUUGAACAUUAUUCAUCAAGUCGUUUUGUAGGAAAA